AUGGCCUUCUAGGCUAAAGAUAAGAAAACAAGAGAUAAGGCAGAAGACUUAUUGAUUCAAACCUGCCAAAAUGAUAUUAGAUCUAUUGAUAGUUUAUGUGAAUUAUCUUCUUAAUAAAAUGAUUUACUUUUAGCUGAAUACGCUGCUAUUACAAUAAAAACUGCUAUUAAAAAAUUCAUAAGCAACACAUGUAAGACAGUAUCAUAUUGUAAUUUAGAACCAUAUGCUGUUGAACUGAGAUUACAUCAUGUUGAUCUAUUUGUUUAAAUACUCACCAAAUAAAUACCUGAUAAAAUAAAAGUCAGUGUUCAAUAAGCUCUAUAGUAAUUAGUUUGUUAUGAUAAAUGUAAAUUGAUUUAUAUUAUUCAACUUUAGAAAAUCACUUCAAAACUCGUCUUAAGUAGCAUGUCAUAUAGUCUAUUGAAACAAAAUUAGAAAAUAUGGUUGUGUCUGCAUGUUAUAUAGCUGAGACUUUAAAAUUAGAUGAUCAAUUUGAAUGGUUCUAAUCAAUUAUCCAAAUAGGUAAAAUAAUAGAUAGUUUUUCUUAAUCUACUAAAAAUCUAUGGGCUAAAGUUCUAUUUAAUUAAUUAGAUCGACAUCUUAAAACUAAUUAAAUGAGAGGUAUUCCAGAACCCAUUUAAUAAUACUUUAUAUUUAAUGAGGAAUUAUGUUAAGUACUCAUUCUUAAAAUUCAACAAUUAACAUUUGUAGGUGAUAAUAUAGAAUAUUGUCAUUUUAUUGUAGCAUCAUAAAGAUUGAUUUAUGGAUCUAUUUCUACAUAAUAUAAAGAUGCAAUUAUUGCAAAAAAGUGCCCAUUUUAAGACAUAUUAGGUAUUAUGUGUGAAACAUUUAUAUAAAGUCUUGUGACAUUUACAAUGUCAUCUAAUUUCUCUUAUGAAAACCUCAAUCAAAAUCAAUAAAAUUUAAUAAAUGAAAUAAUUAAAUUAUUGGCAAUUACAAGCAAAAGUGUUUCAGUUUAUCAUCUAUUUGCUGAAUUUCGAAUGGCAAUUUUUGUUGAUAUUAUUAUACCAUUCUUUUCAUCAAAUUCAAAAGAAAUUAAUGAUCUUAAUGAAGAUCCUAAUGAAUUUGUUUAAUUAACUUAAGAUCUAUUGGAUGAAUAAAAAUCAGAUAUUAUUAAGUCAUCUAUAGCAUAAUUAAUUAUGUCUUAUUGUUAACACAUAGAUGGAUCCAUAUCCUUCUUUUCAUCGUUCACAACUCUAGCUGCUUCAUAUUGCAUUCAAAAACUAUAGAAAAUAGAAAUAAGCCAAUAAUUAGGAUUGAUUAUGGAAUUUAGAGAACAUUAUUUUUUAAAAUCUAUGAAUGUUCAUAUAUUAUUAGAAACUUCAUUAUUAAUCUUAUCAAUUUUGAGCAAUUAUCUUAUCUAAAGAAAUGAAGUUGGAUUACUUUUCAAAUCAUUUAUUGCUGAAUAUGGUGAUUACUUAAUUAAUUAUUCAAUACGUACAUAAAUUAUAAAUAAUUUAAGCUCUUGUUAAAGCUAGAUUAUGUACCUUUAUUGGAUAAUUUUGUAGAUCAAUUCUGAAUGAGAAAGAUGACCUCUCUUAUUAAUUACUUAAUUUUUUAAUGAAUUAAAUUAAAUCUGCAAAAAGUGAAUUAUAUUCUAAUUGUUAUUGUGCAAUAGAAGCUAUCAAAAAUAUUAUCGAAGAACCCCAUCUAGAAAAACUUUUGGAACCAAAUAUAGGAUAGAUUUUACUUGUAUUAUGUGAAUCUUUAAUAUAAAGUGAUUUUGAAGGCCAUUUUGACACUAUUAAAUAGAUUUUCAAGUAUAUUUAUUAUGAUUGUAUAAAAUUAGAACAUUUUAAAUAGAACCUUCUGUAUUAGAUUAAGCAUUAGGUUUAAUAGUUUUGAAAAUAUAAAAAGAGUAGGAAUGUGUUGGAUAAGGAUAAACAGAAAGAUAAAUUUUUAUCAAUUAAACAUGGAAUAUACUUAAAUCUUUACCUGAGAUAGAGAAUAUCAUUCCUAUACAUUUUAAUCUUUUAGAAAAAAGAGUAUCUGUUUUAUAUUAAUAUAUAAUAAGUAAUUAAUAAUAUAUUUAUAUAUUAGAUCCAAAUAUUAUUGAUUUUGAUGAAGAUAUUGUAUACUUUAUAUCUUAGUUAAUAUUUAAAACUAAAUUUAUUAGUGAUUAUUAAGCUGAAAUGUUCUUUUAAUGUAAAAAAGUGAUAGAAAAAUAAAGAUUCAUCCUUGGAUAAUUAUUUGAACUUUUUAAUUAUUAUAUUUAUUAUGGAAAGUCUUUAUUUUCAAAUAUUAAUGCUUAGGAAUUUGUAUACAUCUUAUAUCUUAAUUUAGUUAAUUUAAAUGUUGGAAACUGUGUUUAAUAAUCCAAAAAUUGGUGAAGCUUCAUAAGGUGAAGCUAUUUUACUAUUACAUUUAUUACUUUAAGAAUAUUAAUUAAAUAAAGAAGUUUUAACAUAUAUUUAUACAAAAAUCUUAUAAAGAUCAUAAUUGUUAGUAAAAAAUGAUUUUUUGAGAGCUAGAUUAAUGGGAAUAUAUAUUUCAGGGUUUAUUAAGAAUUGUACUUUAACAUUAGAAUGGAUAGAAUAAUAAUAAGGAUUUAUUUAUGAUCAUAUAAUUGAUUCAAGUAAAUAUUGCUUACCUGAUUAUGACAGUUAACUCUAUUUGUUUGGAUUUUGUUAAUUAUUAAUUUAGAAUCCUAGAUACUUAAAUUUAGCAUUGCUUAAAAAAUUUGUAGAAGUUUUAAAAAAUUAAUAUAAUCAUGAUUUAAAAAAGGCUAAAGAUGAUAAUGAUGAUAAUGAAGAUAUGUUUGUAUUUAAUGAUGAAUUAGAGGAUGCAAAAAUAAUUAUGGAAACUUUUUAAUCAAAUAUUACUAAACAUAAUGAAUUUGAGUAAUUUCAUCUUACAUAUUAACAUGUGAGAAAAACUAUCAAUAUAUCAGAAUUAAUAUAGAAUGAUUCUCUUUUAAAAAAAGAUCUUGAUGAUAUGUUGAAAAUCAAUAAAAUUAAUUAAGAAGCUAGAAUAAUUUUAAAAUUAAAAAAAAGAAAAGAAACUUGA